AAUAAAAAAUUGAGGUUGCUUCGCAAACUCAAUUCCCACCUCAGCCUUACUUACCCUUAGUUCAGUAGUUGGUCCCUUGAAAACCAUCAUCAUCUUCUUCACAAAAAUCAGCAGCAAAGUAGCAGUUUCAAUCAUUAGACAAUAGGAAAUGACAAUGAUAGAAGCUGCAAAGCUUCCAAUCGUAGACCUCUCCUUACCCGAUCACUUCUCUACCGCCAAUUCAAUCCGCCAGGCAUGUGUAGAAUAUGGAUUCUUUUACCUUGUGAAUCAUGGAAUAGAGCAGGAAUUAAUUGCGAAAGUUUUUGAAGAGAGCAAGAAAUUUUUCUCGCUACCUUUCGCUGAGAAAAUGAAAUUGCUUCGAAACGAACACAGAGGUUACACGCCUUUGUUCGCUGAGAAUCUCGAUUUUUCUCUUUCUAAUUCCAAAGGUGACUGUAAAGAAAGUUUCUAUAUUGGUCCUUUAGAGAAAAGUGAUCUCAACCAAUGGCCAUCACAAGAAGUUCUCCCAUCUUGGAGACCCACUAUGGAGGCUUACUAUAAUAAAGCUUUGUCUGCUGGAAAAAGACUAAUCUCUCUGAUUGCUUUGGCUCUGAACUUGGAUAAAGAUUACUUUGAGAAAAUAGGAGCUUUGGAUCAACCAGAAGCCUUUCUUCGCCUUUUACAUUAUCCGGGUGAAUUGAGGCAUUCCAAGGAAAAAAUAUUUGGUGCUUCGGCACAUUCAGACUAUGGAAUGAUCACUCUUUUGGCAACUGAUGGUGUACCAGGACUUCAGGUUUGUAGAGAAAAAUCUAAAGAACCACGGACCUGGGAAGAUGUGUUACAGAUGGAUAGGGCUUUCAUAGUUAACAUUGGGGACAUGAUGGAGAGGUGGACUAAUUGUUCUUUUCGGUCCACAUUGCACCGUGUGAUGCCAGUUGGACAAGAACGCUACUCUAUGGCAUUCUUUUUAGAUCCUAAUUCAAACUGCAUUGUGCAAUGUUUGGAGAGUUGUUGCAGUGAAUCAUGUCCCAAAAGAUUUCCUCCAAUUCGCAGUGGAGACUACCUGAAAGAGCGGUUUAGGCUUACAUAUGGCUCGUAGAGUGAAGCUUUGGUGUGUGAAAACUGCUAGAUGAUCUGAGUAAAGCUUUGCAAUGCCAGAACUCUGAUACUUGUACUGAAAUGAUGAUAAUAGAAAAAAAAAAAAAGCCUUGGUGUUAUUGAUUUGGCUAGUGAUGUAUUUGCAUAAUGAAUUUGCUGAAAGAACGAUUUUAGGUAUCAUUUACAUGAUAGCGGGUUUCUUUGUAGAAACGAAGUAGCCUUAACAUUUGUUAUUGCAUGUUUUGAUAUGUACUAGAAAGUUGUUUGGUUCCUGA